AUGAAUUUCCAGUCCAAUUUCAGCUCUGUUUUCAGUGGAAAUGAGACAUGGAUGAAUGGAAAUGAGACAUUUCUCGAUGAUGACAGGGAUUUCAAGUGAGUUACUGUUUUUUUUUGGGGGAGAUUAGGGUGAUAAAGGGUUUUGAGAUAAGAUAAGUGUAGGUCACUACCCCGCAAAAAUUAGCUCCAGCCUGAGCCGCGCAAAUGAGCUAUGUUCAGAAAAUAUCAAUUUUCAACUGGGUAGGACAGAAGUACUUUACAAUUAGGGUUAUUUGGGGCGAAACAAACGUGGAGCUUGGCUAGGACUAGAGCGCCAACUUUUGCGGCAUCUUGAUCAGCGCGUCGAGUUACCUCAGACUGCACUAACGAGGGAAGUGUGUGACCAGUCCCCGGAGAUUUUCAAUGAGACCUAUGUUUCUUUGGUCAGUUUUUCACGCUGAUAAAGAUCCUGUUUUCAGUUUUUGCUGACUCUCUGAAGAGCCCAAAAAUGAGCCAAAAGUUGAGAAUUUCCUGAAAAUCGCGUUUUUGAGAGCUUAUAACUCGUGUUAGAAAUUAACUUUAUGGGAAACUGAAUGCAUCACGUUGUUCAGGAGGAGGGCCGAUUUACCAUGGAUUGCACAUUUGAAAAUUUUUUCAAAACUUGUGACUUUAGUAAAUCGACCCUCCUGAACAACGUAAUGCAUUCAGUUUUCCAUAAAACUAAUUUCUAACAUGAGUUAUGAGCUCUCAAAAACGCGAUUUUCAGGAAAUUCUCAACUUUUGGCUCAUUUUUCGGAUCUUCAGAGAGUCGUUCAGCAAAAACUGAAAACAGGAUCUUUAUCAGUGUGAAAAACUGACCAAAAACAUAGGUCUCAUUGUAAAUCUCGUGAAUAAAAAGUUUUCGAAAACCUCCGAUCUCAUCCGAUCCCUAGUAUCUAGACAAUUUUCAGUUCGACAUCCAACUAUUCUUCAGUGGACCUUCAAGAAUCUCUACAAAAAUUGUCAGAGCUGCUCAAGGGAUUGAACUUGAAUGUGAGUGACUUCUAUUAACUUCAACCUAAGGAUUCAAGGAAUCGCUGAGGAAAACCCAAAUAUUUUCUUCCAGAAAACCGAUGACGAUGACGCCUACAAUGAUCCGGCCUUUUCGACAAAAAUGUUGCUAGAUUUGCUAAACUUUGGCCCUCCAACAAUGAGUGGACCUUUGUGUGGUGCGGCAACAUGCUCCCUUCUCUUAUUCAUCUAUUACAUUCCUCGAAUGAUAUAUUUCCGAUGCACUCGAUUUACCAGCGAUGUCAAGAAAAAGGGUUUCGCUCUCAUAAUCAUUCUCUCGUUUUUGGGUUGUGCUGGAGGAGUCGCUCAUUUUCUAUCCUUUCAGGAGUUAGUGGAAGAUGAAGGUUAUUAGAAAAUAAUUUUUUUCUAGAGAUUUACAAUUGUCUUCAACCUUCUCAACUUCUGACUAUGAUUAUAAUGAUGGUAAUGACAAUGAGACUACGACAAGAGCAACAAUGAUAGAGAUCACGACAAAAGCACCAAAGAAUCCGGAAAAUACGAUGAUUUAUCAGAUUGUUGUCAGAACUUUGAAUCGUGCAGUUUCUCCGAUUGUUCUGAUGGUUGUAAUUCAGCAAUAUCUCCUGUAUAACAAUACUCACAUUUCGGAACCAUUUCAGAACAGGUAAAACGACCUAGAUUCUAGUUACUUUGCAUUCGAUGCUGCCUUAGCAAAGCGCCGUUGGUUAAGUGGUAGAGUGUCAGGCUGGCAAUUGGAAGACUCGAGUUCAAUUUUGUCUCCACGCGAACUUUUUUUCUGACAAGAGAAUUUCACAGGGAAAAUUCUGCGGCGGCCAUGCCUGAUUUUCCCCGUGUUUUCUUGUGAAAUCGAGCAAAUUCGCUCUAUCGCACACCAAACGAUUGAAACACGAAUGAAAUAAUCUCAUCGCUACCACGCGCUCCAUCGAAAUAAACACGCAACGCAGACCGCGUCGCGCCACAACACACACAAAUAAGGGUACGAUUCAAAUUCCCUCCCUUUUUUGUGUGUGUUGUGGCGCGGCGCGGUCGGCGUUGCGUGUUUAUUUCGGUGGAGCGCGUGGAGAUUUUCGAUAAUACUUAAGUUGUCCGCUGAGUUCAUCGCCAAUUAACAUUUUCGAAACCCUGAGAAAUGUUUGGGUGUGAAGUCCGAGAGAAGUACACAAAAAUAAAAUAUGUGUGCGAUAGAGCGCAAAUUCUUUCCUAGUUUUAAGGUUUUUGUUUUUCACAAAAACUUUGAAAAUCUUGAAAAAUUUCUAAUUUUGACUUCCGGGAACUUCAAGUGGAAUUCAGAAUUUUCACAUUCUGAACACUAGAUUCUAGAACUUCUUAUGCGUGUCAAAAACUAGACCCAAAAGCUCAAAAAUCAAUAAUUUCCAGCAUCAUCCAACUCCUCAUCUGCAUCAUAAUAACUCUAAUUCUCGGUCUCGCCACAUUUCUCGGAUCAAAAUCCAGCUUCGCUCUCGACCCAACACAAACAAUCUACAACCCUUUGGACGUCGAUGGCAACUUCUACGACAUGGGAUUUCCAAUCAUCGUCGCCAUCAUCUUCCACAUCGUCAAAUCACAAAUCCAAAAACGCAUCAAAUACACGGCCGGCGAGGAAUUAAUCUCCUACAUGGAUCGUAUCAACAAAAUCGUUGUUUAUCAAUUUGUGAUGUCUUCGGCCGCGAUUGCCGCCUACUUUUUCCGAAACGCUGAAUCGAAUUCGGUCACCGAUUCAGCUCUUCAUUUCCUCGUCGCCGCUUUUACACCAGUAGUACACGUGAUGCUUUUGAAGUAUGAAGUAUACUGUGCAAAAACAUCUGCUCUGAGGCAGAUGAAUUUUUUUCUGGUAAAUCAGGUGAUUUUUUCAGAAGUCUUCUACGUUCUAAAGCACCCCGUCGAAUUUGUUUCCUCCUAAUUUGUUCAAGCGAAGAGCAAAUCACCGCUGAGCAAAUUCUUCAACCCGGUAAAUUUUAUUUUAGGGCUGAUUCAGGAACAGAAAUGUUUUUUUUAAGUCAGAAAAUAUUUUCAGCCCAAAAAUGUGAAGCUUCUGGGGUGAAUUCUGAUGAAAAUUCGACAUUUUUUGACUUUUCAUUGUUCUUUCAAUGUUAUUAAAAAACAUUUUUUCGUUGGUGAAUUUGGAAAAAAAAACUUUUGGAGCUCGAAAAAAAUAAAUUUAAAUAAAAAUGAUAUUUCAGAUAUUCAAAUGAGUGAAAAACAAGCUGAAGACACUCAAGAAACAUUGGAUCAUAACAAAUCAAUUCAAAUUAAGAUGAAUUAA